GUUUGGAAGGAAGACAUCAAACUGAAAACAAGCGGAGACAGCCGGUGGCACAACCGAGAUGAGAGCGUGAAGGUACUCGCCGCCAUAUGCGUGUGGCCGUACUAUUUCGCACGUACAGAAAAGGAAACGUAAAAAGGAAAAGAAAAUCUAUGCAAAGUGUCAUCACUUGGCGCAUGACCAACAAAUUGCAUAAAAACUGUAUAUAACAGUAGCCAAACAGCUGAUUCCAGACCUGAGUUCUUACUCCUUAAUCUUUCAUCACUUAGGGCUUUCAAAUUCUGGAGCUUAAGUUUAAAGGUAUGUGAAUUUGGGACAAGGGUUUUCUUUUAUUUUCACAAAAAAGAAAAAAUUAAAUUUUCAGUCCAUUUUGAGUAAAUUUGAUUCUGAAAACCAGCAGCUUGAUCAUCACUCGGGUAUGUAACUGCAUAAGGAACAACUGACUGUGCUUUUGCUAUGGAGUUGAAGUCAAAGCACCUGACUCGGUCUUGACUUAGCAUUUGCUUUUCUAGCAUUUGUUGUUUCUUCAAAUGUAGAAUAAUGACUAGUGCUGAAUCCUUCAUCAAUGUUCAUGAUCAUGGCACUGCUGUAGAUAAGAAAAAGGUUAGAGUUCAAUGCAACUAUUGCGGUAAAGUGGUCAGUGGAUUCUUUCGUCUCAAAUGCCACUUAGGAGGUGUAGGGAAAGAUGUUAUCCAUUGUGAAAAAGUUCCUGAAAAUGUGAAGACACUAUUUAGAAAUAUGUUAGAAGAAAACAAAAAAGUGAGUCUUACAAAGGAAGUUGGAAAACUAUCUCAGCCAUAUCUCCCAUCAAAGAGAAAUUUGUCUCCUGCUUUGGAUUGCUUCAAGCAUAUCAAGCAUGAAGCUAGUCAAACUGCUAGUUGUGGGAGCAGAAACCAGGCAGAGAUUGAUUCUGUGGUAGAAGAUUCUGUAACAGAACAUCAUCUGAUUCAUAACAGAAAAAUUGAUUCAAACUCAGCCAUAGACGGUGAAGAAAAAGAAGAUGCAUUGUCAAGGCAGAUUAAAAAAUGCAUUGGCAGAUUUUUCUACGAAACGGGUAUUGAUUUCAGUGCUGCCAAUUAUCCUAGCUUCAGAAGAAUGCUUAAUGCAACUCUUGGCAAUGGCCAGGUGAAAAUUCCUACUCUUCAGGAGUUGAAAGGGUGGAUUCUCUGGGAUGAAGUGAAAGAUAUGCGACAUUAUGCGAAUAACAUUAGACAUUCAUGGACCAGCACUGGAUGCAGUGUUCUGUUGGAUGGAUGGGUCAAUGAGAAGGGUCAACAUCUAGUUAAUUUUGUGGUGGAAUGUCCUGAGGGUCCAAUUUAUCUUCGUUCAGAUGAUGUUUCAGCUAUCAUCAAUGAUAUAGAUGCUCUGCAAUCAUUACUUGAUGGAGUUAUCGAGGAGGUAGGGAUUAACAAUGUAGUUCAAAUUGUAGCAUGUUCGACAACAGGCUGGGUGGGAGAUGUUGGCAUGCAGUUUAUGGUUAAACGUAGGACAGUUUUCUGGAGUGUUAGUGUAUCCUAUUGUAUCAAGCUCAUGCUAGAGAAGAUAGCAACAUUAGAUUGCAUUCAAGGGACACUAGACAAGGCUGGGAUCAUUACAAAGUUUAUUCAUGGACAUGGGGAACUUUUGAAGCUUAUGAAAAAUCAUACCCAUGGCUGUGACUUAAUAAAGCCAUCCAAGAUGAAAUUUGCUGUGCCUUUCUUGACCUUAGAGAAUAUCGUUUCAGAAAAGAAGAACUUGAAGGACAUGUUUACUUCAUCUGAGUGGUUGACCUCAGCCUGGGCUUCCAGUCCGAAGGGAAAGAGAGUGGUUAGUCUGAUGGAGGAUCUCUCUUUCUGGACUGGAGCUGAGAUGACCUUGAAGGCAACUAUACCGCUGCUACGUGUUCUCAACUUGAUUACUGAGACUAAUAAACCGCAAGUGGGUUACAUAUAUGAAACAAUGGAUCAAGCAAAAGAGACAAUUAAAGGGGAAUUUAAAAACAAGAAAUCACAAUAUAUGCCUUUCUGGCAAGUAAUUGAUGAGAUCUGGGACAACCAUCUCCAUAGCCCUUUACAUGCUGCUGGCUAUUAUUUAAAUCCGAGUCUGUUUUAUUCGACUGAUUUCUACAGUGAUCCUGAAGUUGCUUUUGGCCUGUUAUGUUGUAUUGUUCGUAUGGUACAAGAUCAGCACACGCAAGAUCUAAUAUCUUCACAGCUUGAUGAGUAUAGACAUGCUAGAGGUGCAUUCAAAGAUGGGAGUGCCAUUGACAAAAGAAUCAAUGUCUCUCCAGUACAGUGGUGGUCUACUUAUGGGAAACAAUAUCCGGAGCUGCAAAAAUUUGCUGUGAGAAUCCUAAGCCAGACUUGUGAGGGUGCUUCGAGAUAUGGGCUGAAGAGGAGUUUGGCUGAAAUGCUUCCUAGGAAUGGAUCGAAUUGUAUUGAGCAUAAAGAGUUAAAUGAUUUGACCUAUCUUCACUAUAACAUGCACUUGCAGAACACACAAUUCGGCAUUGAAAGUGAUCUUGAUGCUGAGGAGAUUUAUCUGAUAGAUGAUUGGAUUGUAGACGAAACGCUGGAGACUGCGCCCAGCAAUGGGGGCUAAGAGCAAACGGGAGGUAGGCGGCAAUGAAGCCACUGUCAAAUGUUAAUGCAGAAGAAUCAUGUAAAAUCAAGCGAAAGGAGGAUCCUAGCUUACAUGUAUAGAUGCAAAUCUGUUUUUUGAAAUUGCAGUUCAAACAUUUGUAACUUGAGUUUUUUAACCAUUUUGCGUUUAUAUUUUUGUCAGCUGGUGAUAGUUACCAAUUUUGAAAUCUGCAUCUCUUUCUUGAUAAUGAGACUAAUCAUGGACAUGGAGGUGAUCAUAGCGAUAUAGAAAUCCAAUUAUGGGAA